UACCGAUAAAAUUAAGAAAUGUCGGGUCGUUCGGUCCGCGCGGAGACCCGGAGCCGCGCUAAAGAUGACAUUAAGAAAGUCAUGGCUGCCAUCGAGAGAGUACGGAGAUGGGAGAAGAAAUGGGUCACAGUUGGAGAUACAUCAUUAAGAAUAUUUAAAUGGGUCCCCGUGGUGGACACAAAGGAGAAGGAAAAGAGCAAAGUGUCUGUGGGUGGAGAAAUGCAGCGGAAGAAUUUUCCCUCAGAGGAGUCCUCUGAUAAUGCCUGCUCUGUGCUAUUAGAUUUUCAAGAUGAAAACAGCAACCAGAGUUCUCUGUCAGACUCAUACCAGCAUAAAGCAGCUGCAGACAGCAGCAAUAACUCCAGUCCACCGGCCAGUGAGCCGGUCAGUCCGGCACCUCAGAGUCUAGACUACAGGACUGAUGACCCACAGCCACCCACCCUCGGCCAGGAGAUCAUGGAAGAGCCGCUUCUGCAGUCAAGUGAGAUUGCAGAUGAGCCGCCAACACUGAUCAAAGAAGAUCUUCUACCCCUCACUGCUCAGGAGGACGAGGACAGCUGUGGAGCUCCACCACUGAAAAGAAUCUGCACCGAGCAGGUCUCGGUCAUCCAGAUGGUCCCUCUGAGCUAACACACAGACACGCACACACACAUACUGUACACUGGGCAUUGAUAAUCAGCCAGACUGAUAACUGACCUUCCUAGAACUGCUGCGAAAGACACAACAUGGACCAGACGUCUAGAAAGCACUAUAUUUAUUAUUACUAUCGUCACAUGGGAUGGCUUUUUAACCUUUUAGAGUUUUUAAAUCUCUGCCUUCCCUGACUCUUAUUCCCAGAAUACGCUUCCAUUCAGGUCAUGCUGGAAUUAUCAUUAAUUUCAGAAGAUCUCAUAGCAGAAUUUCCUAAUUCCGAUAAUUCCGAAGCAAUAAAUCAAGGUUUAUAGACCGAAACCGAAAGAAGCCAGAAUAUUAACUGGACAUUCCUGUUUACAGGAGAGCGGAUGACUGAAAAACGGGAAGCGCUUCUUGCUGAAAUUGCUGUUACUGUUAUAAUGCUGAUAGUUUAUAUAAUAUAUAGUGGAAUGUGAUGCUUGUUUUAAAAGAAAGCCAUAAAGCGACGUAAUUUGGACUGAAUGGUUAGCCUUAAAAUGUCCUCUGAAAUAAAGACAAGUAGUGAGUUCCAUUAAGAAGGGUACUUGAAAUAUAAUGAAAUGCACAAAUAAUCUCAUUAGACCACACCAUUCCCUUUUAAUAAACACGUCUUCACUCGUAGUCUGGGUUUACACACAGGCUGAAAUGAAUGUUAAAGUUUUAAUUCGUAAGAUGUGAAUAAUGUAGUUUGUAGAUUCUGCUCUCAGGGUCUCUGGUGCCUCCAGCUGCUCAAGAAUCUCUCAUUAGUUUUAAUUAAUUGAACAUAAUUUUUUUUUUUCUGCCUGAAGGACACCCCUAAAGCGCCCAUCUUUUAUGCCACCUAUUUUUUUUUUAUUUAGACCAAUUUUGCUAAUGUAAUGCACACAUCGAUAGAAGUUGCUGUUUAGUGUGUUGUUGCUUUUCAUCAGAUUUUAUAGUGCGGGUGAUUGUUGAUUCGUUUUUGCCCUUUAUCUUUGCACACUGGUCUAGUGGGCACAUUGUGGUUGAAGAAGCAGCAAUAUUGUCAUUUGAAGCAAGUAUCAUUAAAAAUAUUAGAAAUUUA